CACAGAGAAGUAAAGAGCAGAGAUGGCAGCCAGCAAGUUGCAGAUCGAAGAGCUCUACGAGUUCAUACAUCCCCUGGCCGUAAGAGCUGGCGAAAUCCUGCUGGAGGGCUAUCAAAAUGCCGGAAAGAAGGUGGACCUCAAGGAUGGAGAGUUCUUCAAUGUAGUGACUGCCUAUGACAACCAGAUCGAAGAGUUCCUCAUGGAGAAGAUACUGGCCACCUAUCCGGAUCACAAGUUUAUUGGCGAGGAGGAUACCCACAAAAACAACAAUGUCACCAAAGAGCUGACAGACGCUCCCACCUGGAUCAUAGAUCCCAUCGAUGGCACCUCCAACUUCAUCAAACAAAUUCCCCACGUCUCUGUUUCAAUUGGAUUGUCUAUUCGGAAACAGAUUGUCCUGGGUGUGGUCAAUAAUCCUGCCCAGAGCAAGCUGUAUACGGCCAAAUUGGGUCAGGGAGCCUUCUGCAAUGGCAAACCCAUCCAGGUGAGCAGCUGUAAACACCUCAAUGAUGCCAAUGUGGCCUAUGAGGUUUGCUUGCUGCACGCUCCCAAGAUCCGGAACAAACACAUCAAGAGAAUCUAUCAUGUGGGAUCCAAUGCCAGGAGACUGCUGGCCUAUUCAGCUGUGGUGGAUUCCCUUUGCAUGGUGGCCGCUGGCAAUUUGGAUGCCUUCCACAUCGAGGACAUGUAUCCGUGGGACUGUGCAGCUGGUUACUUGCUCAUCCGCGAGGCUGGUGGCGUGGUCACCCACCCGUAUGGUGGGCCCUUCGAUAUCAUGAAGCCUGAUUUGAUCUGCGCCGGGACGGAAACCCUGAGAGCCGAGAUAGAGCAACUCAUUCGGAGGGCUGAUCAGGAGAAGCAUGUGGGAGGGGAUUGAGUUGGUAAAUAAAAAGAGCUUUUGUAAACAAGAAUACAA